AUGCCACCUUAUCUCUCAUCAUCUCAGGCCUGUUUCCAUGAAAUAGCAAUAGUGAAGCACCUUAUUCAUGCCUUCUUACUUCUUCAAGACAGAUCUGGAGGGCCUGUGGCUAUGGACUCAUUGCCUAAGCAUCCUCCAGCAAUGACCAUUCUCCUCCUCAGUGUGACCCCAUUAACAUCUCCAGGCUCCUGUAAAAUUCAGUUUACCUUAAUACAGAGUGUCAUUAGCAGAAUAGUGGUGGGAGCACCAGACUUCCAGCAUCUCCUCUCACCAAGAAAAGAGCUGCCCGUUCUUGCCCACUUGAGCGAACAUCAGAGCAUGAAGUCAGUUUAUAUGGGGGUUGCCCAAGGCACAGAAGUAGCUGAAACUCAAGCUGCAGAUGAGCGUGACCACAGAUUGACUCCCAGCCCUGCCCAUCUCUCUUGCUUGAGCGGAGGAGAGACAGAAGAAUCUCAUGUCUUCAGCAUUUUGGAGGAGAGCAAACAUCUGGUAGACAAUGCUUUCUACAAGACUAUGCAAAGAAACCUGAACAAAAGGGAAGUCAUUUCUCCAUCUCAGCUCCUGUCAUUCUCCAAACUCCCUGAACCAACCAGCCGAUCCAUUUCCCGAGCGGCAGAGAUAAUGGAAACUUCAAUACAGGCAAUGAAAAGAAGAGCUGACUUAAAACUUAAACAAUCACAGACUCCAACAGAUAUUUUGUCUGAAAAUAUACUGAACACAAUUGCAAAUGUGUCAGGAUGUCUGCCAUACAUGCUGCCCCCCAAAUGCCCAAAUUCCUGUCUUGCAAACAGAUACAGACUCAUCACAGGAGCAUGUAACAACAGAGACCAGCCCAGAUGGGGAGCCUCCAACACAGCUCUAGCAAGAUGGCUUCUUCCUACCUAUGAAGAUGGAAUCAGUGAACCCAGAGGCUGGAACCCUCACUUCUUAUACAAUGGGUUUCCACUGCCUCCAGUUCGAGAGGUGACUAGACAAGUCAUUCAAGUUUCCAAUGAGGCUGUCACAGAGGAUGACAAGUAUUCUGAUCUACUAAUGGUGUGGGGGCAAUAUAUUGACCAUGACAUUGCCUUCACACCCCAGAGCAUCAGUAAAACUGCCUUCGGUGGAGGAGCUGAUUGUCAGCUGACCUGUGAGAACCAAAAUCCGUGUUUUCCCAUACAGCUCCAGGCCAAUGCUUCCAAGCCCUUUGGCUCUGCGUGUUUGCCCUUUUACCGCUCUUCAGCCGCCUGUGGUACCGGGAACCAAGGAGCUCUCUUUGGCAAUCUAUCCCAGGCAAACCCACGACAACAGAUGAAUGGAUUGACCUCCUUCCUCGAUGCCUCCACGGUGUAUGGCAGUUCCCCGGCCGCAGAGAAACAGCUGCGGAACUGGUCCAGCCCCCAGGGAUUGCUCCGGGUCAAUGCUCGCUACCUGGACGCUGGUCGGGCCUACCUGCCCUUUGCAACACCUCCUGCUCCAGCCGCCUGCGCUCCGGAGCCCGGCACCCCGGGAGUAGCCCGGGUCCCCUGCUUUCUGGCGGGGGACGGCCGAGCCACUGAAGUCCCCUCCCUAGCAGCCAUGCAUACGCUGUGGCUUCGCGAGCAUAACCGCCUGGCCAUGGCGCUCAAGGCCCUCAACACUCACUGGAGCGCAGACACUGUCUACCAGGAGGCGCGCAAGCUCGUGGGCGCUCUGCAUCAGAUUAUCACUAUGAGAGAUUACCUCCCCAAAAUUUUGGGCUCCACGGCCUUUGAGCAGCAUGUGAGCAUUUAUAAAGGCUAUGACUCCACUGUGGAUCCCACAGUCUCCAAUGUGUUUUCCACAGCUGCCUUCCGUUUUGGUCAUGCCACAAUCCACCCCCUGGUAAGACGACUUGAUGCCCACUUCCAAGAUCACCCUGAUCUCCCUAAACUCCGGCUUCAGGAUGUUUUCUUCAGUCCCUGGAGGCUCAUCAAAGAAGGAGGUUUGGAUCCCGUGGUGCGUGGCCUUCUUGCUAGACCCACCAAACUACAAGUGCAGGACCAGCUGAUGAACGAAGAGCUGACAGAGAGGCUCUUUGUGCUGUCCAGCACAGGCACUUUAGAUCUGGCAUCACUCAACCUGCAGAGGGGCCGGGACCAUGGUUUACCAGGUUAUAAUGAGUGGAGAGAGUUUUGUGGCCUACCCAGGCUGGAGACCAGAGCUGAUUUGAACACUACCAUUGGCAACAAGAGCAUUGCUGAUAGAAUAAUGGACUUGUACGGCCACCCUGACAACAUUGAUGUCUGGCUAGGUGGCCUGGUUGAGAGAUUCCUCCCUGGAGCGCGGACAGGCCCCCUGUUUGCUUGCAUCAUUGGGAGGCAAAUGAAGGCCUUGAGGGAUGGUGACCGGUUUUGGUGGGAAAAUGAGGAUGUGUUUACUGAAAUGCAGAGGCAACAGCUGGAAAGGCAUUCUCUCUCUCGGGUCAUCUGUGACAACACAGGCCUCAAUCAAGUGCCCAUGGACGCCUUUCUAACUGGAAGAUUCCCCCUGGAUUUUGAGUCUUGUGAGAAUAUCCCCAGCCUGGACUUGGAGCUGUGGAGGGAGGUCAUUCCUCCAGAUGACCCAUGUGGCCUCCCACCUAACGUAAAUGACGGAGACUACAUGAUCUGUGAGGAAUUUGGAAGACGGGUGGCAGUCUAUUCCUGUCGUCAUGGAUUUGAGCUUCAAGGACAAGAGCAAAUUACUUGUACCUUCAGAGGAUGGGAUCCCCAGGCCCCCAUGUGCAAAGACAUUAACGAGUGUGACCGAAGGGUUGAUGCCCCCUGCCAUUCAUCAGCCUGGUGCAAGAACACCAAGGGCAGCUUCCUGUGUAUGUGCACAGACCCCUACAUCCUGGGAGAAGAUGGAAGAACCUGUGUAGACUCCAGGAAACUUCCAAAGGCAUCCCUGGUCUCUAUAGUACUGGGGGCCUUGCUGGUAUGCAGCCUGGCAGCUCUCACCUGGACAAUUAUCUGCAAUUGCAUGUUCUUGGCCUCUGGACACACGUGCCUCACCACAAACUUGGCCUCAACAAAGACUAUGGGCAUGAUUUCAUCUUCAGAAACAUCUCAGCGCCUGCUGUGUCAUCGACCAGCUGAGGGCGACUUCCUCACCCUCAAUAAGCGGAUAAUUCCUCCUUGGGGAUAUGAGGUGAGGAUGGAUGAGAUGGCUCAUGCUGAUGGGAAAUCCUUACUGCCAAUCAUUGAGAAAAAUGAAAAAAUUCCUUCCCAGCUAACCUGUGGAAGAUACCAAGAAAUGGAUGCUUCCCAGCACAGUUCUGCAAAGGGAACUGAGCAGCAUGGUGUCCCCACUGACAUUGAGUGUAAAAGGAAUUUAGUACUAAACUCUCCUGCCCUGGAGGUAGCAGAAGCAGAUGGGAGGUUGCCCCUGACUCCUUCUGAAGCCCAGAACCUGGCUGUUUGGUUCAGUGCCUUUGAAAUCCACAGUGUAACUUUGGUCACCCUAAAGUCAGUGUACCCCAGGCACAUGUAUGAGGCUCCAGAGCCACAGCAUGUUCUCUUCCAAGUGUUCAGUGCAUUCUCUGUGUCCCAGGACCUUCCUUGUGGGUCACAGGUGCUGGUUUGUUCCAAGGAACCAAGGCUUCUCCAUCUGGAACCCAACACAGCCAGUGUCCCUGAUGCUGUCACGGAGCAACCAGUGCCUAUUGGACCAGGAACCUCUCAGCAGUUGAGUGGGAAAACUUCUUGGCCAAAACAGUUACAAGAACCAAAUUGUGGGAACAAUUCAAGUACUUAUGAUCACUGA